UGUCUCCCCUUCACUUUCUCUCCCUCUGCCUUUUGCCGUGUGAGCUGUCGGUCGUCCAACCCUCCUCUCACUCUCAGCUCUGAUUGUUUCCUGAGCGCCGUGCCAGAGAGGAAGUAGGAGGAAGUUAUUGGAGGAGCUGGAGAGAAUUUAUUAGGGCCAAACACAGACAGGGGAGGGGAGAGGAGGGGGAGGGGGAGCUCCUCUAGUGCUCUGAGAUGGGGGCUCUCAUACUCUUGGGAGUCUAGGAGGGGAGGGAGGGCUGGCAGUGUCUUGGCCCGCUCUCUCUCUCUCUCUCUCUCUCACUUUCCUCUCAGAGGCAAAACUCGACUAGGCUACUCAAUAGGCAGCUCACCUUCCUUUUCAACUAUUGAAAUGGAACGUUUUAACAUGGAUUUAAACUUGAUUGCAUACUGUAACCCAGUGGUAAAAUAAGCUGCUUUUGAGUAGAGUGAGAAAGAGCAAGAGUGUGUGUGUGGGUGCGUGCACAUGUGUGUGUCUGUCAGUUGGUCAGGGGUAAGGCAAUGUCUCCAGCCCUGUAAGAGAACCACUCUCUUGGCCUGAGUGUAUUUAAAAAACAAAAAUUUGUAAUCUGACUUUAGAGAGCAGCUGCUCCUUCAAUCGCCAAGUCCUGUUGUUCUCCUUGUCAAGUGUGUGUUUGUGAGGCUCUGAGUGUGUGGGUGUCUGAGAGAGAGAGAGAGAGAGAGAAUGUGUGCAUCUGUGGAUAAUUGUGUUUUAUAGUAGGCCCUUCAGCCAUGAUAAUGGGAUUUUCUCCGGGGGUUGUGUGCAGAAAGACAGAAAGAUGUUCAGAUAUGGUGUGCUUGUGUGUGUGUGUGUGUGUGUGAAUCCAUGUGUGUGUGUGUGUGUCUAGUAUGAGUGAUAGAUGGGUGUGUGCAGGGCUUGGGGUCUGCCCUCGGGGGUACCUCACCAGCAAGUGUCCCAGCUGCAACAGCAGUCCUAACAAAGCCUGCAUUCUGACAGACAGGAACAAUCUGACAAAGACAUGAUGAUAUUAUAAACAGAUGGGAGGGAGACUAUGCAGUCCACCAACCUGUACCCGUUUUGUUACUUUUACAGUCCACCAACAUGUACCCGUUUUGUUACUUUUACAGUCCACCAACAUGUACCAGUUCUGUUACUUUUACAGUCCACCAACAUGUACCCAUUUUGUUACUUUUACAGUCCACCAACAUGUACCAGUUCUGUUACUUUUACAGUCCACCAACAUGUACCAGUUCUGUUACUUUUACAGUCCACCAACAUGUACCUGUUUUGUUACUUUUACAGUCCACCAACAUGUACCAGUUCUGUUACUUUUACAGUCCACCAACAUGUACCAGUUUUGUUACUUUUACAGUCCACCAGCAUGUACCAGUUCUGUUACUUUUACAGUCCACCAACAUGUACUAGUUCUGUUACUUUUACAGUCCACCAACAUGUACUAGUUCUGUUACUUUUACAGUCCACCAACAUGUACUAGUUCUGUUACUUUUACAGUCCACCAACAUGUACUACUUCUGUUACUUUUACAGUCCACCAACAUGUACUAGUUCUGUUAUUUUUACAGUCCACCAACAUGUACUAGUUCUGUUACUUUUACAGUCCACCAACAUGUACUAGUUCUGUUACUUUUACAGUCCACCAACAUGUACUAGUUCUGUUACUUUUACAGUCCACCAACAUGUACUAGUUCUGUUACUUUUACAGUCCACCAACAUGUACUAGUUCUGUUACUUUUACAGUCCACCAACAUGUACUCUUUUGUUACUUUUUUUGUUCUAAACUUCACUGUUGACUACAUAAGAUACAGUUUCCUGCCCUUUGCAUCUCUAAGGUUAGGAUUAUUUUAUUGUGUACGGGCAUGACUUUGAGCAAAUGCAUAUCUCUUCGGAAUGAUCCCAUUCAAUUUCAAUGGGACAUCUGCUCAGAGGGGGUGUUAGACUACUUAGCUCUCCAAUGCUGUUUGCUUUGUAGUGUCACAGUUGAGCAUAGUGUGUUUGUCGAGAGCAUUUUACAUGUUGACUUGAAAUGACUUAAUGUAAAGAUGACCUCAUUUGAUUGACAGCAUUGGUUGGCUGUCCAGUCCAGGCCUACUUUGGAGGAUGGUGUCAGUCUGAACCUGGUUUCCUCAUCAGUUACACCAUUGUCCCAGCUCAAUAGGCCAGACUUCUCCCUCUCAGGGGAUGUUUAGUCUCUGUAAAACUAUUAUUUAUUUCUGAAAUCCAUCCUGUUUGUUUCGAAGUGCAACGUAUGAAUGAAACAUGACUUUCCCACCACUUUUGGAAUGGAGCAGGGAUGUCCCCCGUGUCAUAGUGUAGGGUCUGUCACUUUCCACCUCGUCAUUCCCACACUCCACCAAUUAAAAGACAAAUGGAUCAUCUUUUGAAUGCAUCAGGAUGAUGUCCUCUUUUUAUAAACAUUGGUUGAGUGUAUAAAUCACUGGUUAUCCCUAGACAAUCCUCCACCAACAGCCAAAAUACACACAACCUCUACUUGUUUUCUUGUCUGGGGCUGUCUGUGGGGGUUUUCACAUGUUGACUGUGGACAGUUAAACACAUAAUAUAACACACAUACUCUCAGGAGUCACAUGGAAUUCCUUCCUGUGUUUACACCGACAAUUUCCCAUAGAAGAAAGAAGAGUGGGCCACGACAUAGAAUGACUCAAAAACAUAUUCAGCAUUACAUGGGAUGUAUUAUUAUAAGCAAUGCUGGGAAAAGUAUAGACCAGCAAACCUGCACAGGGGCCGGUGCAAAGAUAUGUCAGAGACCUGAAAAUGUAGGAUCUAAAUUUGAUCACUCUUUUUUUUUUUUUUUUUUUUUUUCUGCACAGCAAACUUGUAGUGUAUUUGAGUUUUAAAAAGGCUUCUAAAUUUUGUAAUUUCCACUUUGAAAUUUCAGACAAAAUGUAUCAACCCCUACAAAAAUGUCCAUUAAUUAUAAUCACAUAAUAAUUCACAUUUCCUGUUGCUCCAGGAUUAUUUUCCUGCUGUAGUAAACUGGCUCAAAUUAAGAUCCUUCAUCUGUAGCUUUAUGAGGCUUGGGAAAACGGAUGCAGAGGAUUUCUGGGCUGUGAAUGGUGGAGUUUGAAUGAAUGUGUGAGGUGCAUAGCUUACCACUGGUAUUUACAUUCCUGCUAGGGCUGCACAAUUAAUCGAAUUCACAUCAAAAUCACUAUAUUGACAUGUGCAAUUUCCAUAUCGCAAGAGAUAGCCAUAUGACUAUAUUUUGAAACGCCACUCAGCCUUGUGUAAUGUCCGUUUUUAAAGUUGACUCUGUUUGUCAUCUCUCUCCCUCUCUCCUAUUGGGGCUGCUUCCCACACACAAAACGCAGUUCCUCCUCCCCGCUGUUAGAUUCACUAUAAGGUUGCAUGCUGUUCUGUUAGGUUAAAUGCAGUCAACAAAUUGUUCCAAACAAGAAAAAUGCUGCUUUCCACUUUGCUUCUUAAUAUUAAUCAGUCUAUUUCAAUGAUUCCAACAGUUCACCCAAGUGUUUUGAUCUGUAUUGCAAGUCAAAUCACAAUAUUUGGUUAAAUGUUGAAAUUCGAUUUAUGCCCAUAUCGUGCAGACCUAAUUCCUACUGCACAUUGGAAUCUGUAGCAUGUUGGUCUCAGUCAGGUCUGUGGCUGGACCUACUCCCAGAGAGUGUGGGAGGGGAAGUCUGGUUGUCACUAGUUACCACAGCCACAAAGUCAAAAUGGCCUAUCGUCAAAAUUCAUGAAAACUAAAAUGAGCUUUUUGGUCUUAAUUUAAGGUUAGCAGUGUGGUUAAGGUUAGGGUUACUUUUAAAAUCUGAUUUUAAGAAAGGAAUUAUAGAAAUAGGCUCGGUUUAGCCAAUAUUAUGACUUUGUGGCUGUGUUAACUAGUGACGACCGGCAAUUGUGUGUGUCUCGCCUGACUUUGUAUUCAAUCUCAGUUUACCGUGUCAUUCAAUCAAGAGGCCUUAUAUCCCAUCUGGCAACAGGCGAAAGACGCCAUUCAUGGAAAUUCUAAUUGUGUAUGAUGUUUUUGUCUGCUUGUGUGUGUUUAUAUUUGUGUCCGUAUCAGGGUGUGUGUGUGUGUGUGUGUGUUCAUGUGUGUGUGCGUGAUGCUAAAUCUGUGCUCUCUGCUGUCAGCUUCCCAUCGCAGAUGUGCUGUGUUUCACCCAUAAGGAAUCAAAGGGCCUUUCUUCUUUGUGAGGAACAGCUGAUUUGAUAUAUAGUCUGUAUCUUCUGAGGGUUUUUAAUGUUUUAAAUCUGCAGAGCAUGGCCCAGAUUGUGUGCCGAGGUACCAAAUUGUUCUAUUUUCUUCCUAAACUGAUUUACAGUUUCCUCUCUUCUAUUGUGUUGGUAUUUCAGGUCAACACUAUGUUGUUGUCUCCUUCAAUUUAAAGGCUGCCGCAUGCUUCGGUUCGGCUGGGGCCAUUAUUAUAAUUUUUUGGGUCAUUUAGCAGACGCUCUUAUCCAGAGCAACUUACAGUUAGUGAGUGCAUACAUUUUCAUACUUGCCUCGAGAAAAAAUGUUGUGUGCACGAACAGCAAAAAAAAAAAAUUGCCGAAGGCCAAAUAAAUAAAUAAAUAUCGUCAUAAUGUAUGCACAAACUAUUCAGAACUGUUUUCGGAUGGGAAGCAUGCGGAUGCCUUAAUGUAACUUUACAGAUGUAGGAUCUUAAUUUGAGCCAGUUUGCUGCAGCAGGAACAUAAUCCUGCAGCAACAGGAAAUGCAAAUAUUUAUGUGGAUUAUAAUUAAGGGACAUUUUUAGUAGGGGUUGACAGAUUUCCGUUAGGGCAAAUCAAGUCUGACAUUUUAAAGUGUAAAUUACAAACCUUUUUAAAACUUGAGUACACUACAAGUUUGCAUUUCCUGCUGUGCAGGAAAAUUGUGAGCAAAUUAAGAUCCUACAUCUGUAUGUUACUAAACUCUUUAUAAUCCCUUUGUAUGGUUUGGUGUUUAAAUAAUGUUAACACUGUCUAAUAACUGUAACAUAGAAAAGGUUGAUUGCUUUGGUCCUUGGAGUUCCCAAUUAUCGUAGUAGGCUAAUUGAAAUAGGCAUCAUGUAGCAUCUGACAUUUUAAGUUUGUAAAACCAUUGUUGAUAGUUAAAUACACAAUUGCACAGUUAUAUGCAAGGGUCUCAUUUCCGUUUGCUGUGUCAUGGACAAUUUGGACUUUUCUGCACUGUUUUACUACAUUAUAUUGAAUUACACAGUAAUAUAGUAAAAGUCCAUAUAAUCAUAGCAUUGACAAUGUCCUCUCUCUCUUCGCUGGUUAGCGUCAGGCAGCGUCAUGGAGAGGCUGUGAGUGUGGUUGUGUCUGUCUCUCUCUCUGUCCAUGCUGAUGUUGCAUUCCAGCAGAAACAAUCCUACUGUUCUCCAGACCCCGAAGUGGACGCCUAAAUUGGACAAUCCGCCCCCUCCACUCCUUUCCCCUCCCCUCCCCCCUACAUGUAUCCCUUGGUCUCCAGUCCUUAUUUGGGCAGAGACGUUCUGAGCGCUGGGUGGAGUGGGGGAGGGGGGCGUCGGGUUGACACAAAAGAAGCAGGAGGAGGAACAGUGAGCGCUCACAGCCCUUUCUUAAUAAGGACAUGUCUGGAAUUUAAGCCUCGCUCUCCAUGAGAGCUUCUCUUUCACACACAGCACAGCAGCACCCCGCUAAACAGACUCAUUUACUAUUUUAACCCAUUACUCAGGGAUUCUGAUCGGUAUUGUCAAAUCCCCAUGACAAAACUUUUAAGAAACUCAGAAUCACUCUUACUAUUCAACGAUUGACUCAUAUGAUCCUAGCUUGAAUGGGAAAGAGACAGCUGUGUCUUCACUACUAGGAUACAGCUAGGAUUAACACUGGGACUGACUCCAAAACAUUUACACACCAUUUGGACAUACUUGACCCAACAUUGCUGGUCUUAAAAGAACCAACGUGUAAUGGAUUCUACUAGACACUUGCAUGUACAUUAUGCAAUAUGCACCCACACCUUUCUACUGCAGUGGACGUUGACUGCAGUGAUUGUGCAAGUUUCUGUAGCAGUUUCUGGUCAUUGGAUCUGCUCAUCUUGAGUUGUGUUGGGGUAGAUGUAUCGCUGCAGCCUGAUCUCUGUGGACUUUUAGCUUGAAUACGAGUGCUACGCAAAUUCUGCCGUGAUCUCCACAUUCAGUCGGGGGUUUAACACCAACCUUGGUCCUGGGGGGCCCAAAGCUCUCAGGUUUACCUCACAAUCUCACACUGUCUCCCUCAACCAGACUUAUUAGACUGCUGAACACUUGAACUGGAUUGACCACCUGCACUGACUCUGCACGUUAGCACACACACACACACACACACACACACACACACACACACACACUUUGUUCUUCUAUCCUCCUAGGGACCUAACAUAAAUGUACAUUCAAAAUCCUAUUUUCCCUAACCCCUAACCUUAACCCAUAACCCAAACCCUUAACCUAACUCCUAACCCUUUACCCUUAUUGUUGUUGCAUUGUCGAGAAGGAACCUGCAAGUCAGCAUUUCAUUGGACAGUGUAUACCAUGUGUAUCCCGUACAUAUGACUAAUGAAACUUGAAACUAGGCAUUACACUUAGUUAUGGUUGUUAGCUAGCAACUAACUCUACUGUUUGUGACUGGCCUACUGCGAUAAAUUCAGGCCUAGUCAGACUGGAUUGGCGGGUUUUCCCUUCAGGAGGUAGAACUGGUUUUCCUGCCAGUUCUACAUCCCAUCAUGCUUAGGGUAAUGUAUAAAAAUGCCAAGUUGCUCAUUAUUUUGGCUACCAUGGCUAGUAAAAAAAAGAGAUCUCAGAGACUUUGAAAGAGGGGUCUCAAAGGAGCGUAGGGGGUUUAAAGUUUGUGUGUGUGCAUGUGUGUGUGUCUCAGUCACCAGAUCUCAACCCAAUUGAACACUUAUUGGAGAUUCUGGAGUAGAGCCUGAGACGGCGUUUUCCACCACCAUCAACAAAACACUAAAUUAUGGAAUUUCUCAUGGAAGAAUGGUGUUGCAUCCCUCCAAUAGAGUUACAUACAUUUGUAGAAUCUAUGCCAAGGCGCAUUGAAGCUGUUCUGGAAGCUUGUGGUGGCCCAAUGCCCUAUUAAGACACUUUAUGUUGGGGUUUUCUUUAUUUUGGCAGUUACUUGUACAUAUUAUUAUUGUACUGUAUAGAGGUAUAAAUGGAGAAACAAUGCCCGUUGUCUGCGUCUUUUGUCUUUUAGUGAAGAGAAAUGUUAACUUUGUACAAUGGGGUAGUUGUGAUGUUUAGUAAACAAUACUUUAGCUUUUCUUUUCACAUCUGUCUUAAUCCUCCAAUUCAUAUUUCUGAAGUUGCAUUGUGCAACUUUAAAAUGUGCAAUGAUGCCCUCGUGAAUUUGUUUUACAGAGGAACCUCAAAAUGUUCUUGUAACGUGAGGAGUUGAGUUUACCCAUAGGACCAUCCCAAUUGGCCUUCCCCAUAUUUGUCCAAUAUUUGUAUUUUUGUCAACAUCUGCAGAAUGUCAAAUCUAUAAACACACACAUCCUGGAAUAAUGGAUACUUUGGGGACUCUCAUUUCAGAAACAAUACAAUGCCGAAGAGCCGACCACAUUGGGACACAGUCCCCUAACCACAAGAAUUCUUUGAGGCCACUGCUGAUUAGUGUGCUCUUUACACUAGGUUUUAUAGAAUAUCUUGAAUUCAUUUGGCAGUUUUAGAGACAUAAAGGCUAGGAAAUUAUAAUAAUUGGGGGCUGUAUUGUUUAUUUAUACAGAUUUUAUGAUUUCAAUGAAAACAAACAGCCUACUUUAUAUGACUGAAUCUUAAAUGUACUUGCCUGCUAAUGAUGACAAUGAUGAUGAAGUUGUCGAGAACGAUUACAACACACUUUUUUCAUACUUUUUCAUAAUGAAAGUACUCACUACUGUAAUUCGCUCUGAACACUCAGGCCCCCAUUCCAGCAUUGGGGAACAUCCCACGCCCCUCCAAACCUGCGCGCACACGCGCCACAUCUAUUUCUAUGGGCACAAGCACUGUUCAUGACACAAACUGUUCACGCCCCUGUUGUUGGCAGAGAUAACAUUUUCCAGGUUUAAAGCUUAUUUCCUGCAUUUCUACACUUUUUGUCAUGUGGUGCAGAGAAAAUGUUGCAGUUUUAAAGCUAAUUGUCUUGCAAUUCUGUACAUUUUGCCAUGUCUAAUGUGUAUUCGUGGGCAUUUCUGACAAGUUAUAAUUAGCUCUCUAAGACAUUGUUUUUUUUGUUGUUGUAAAAAGUGUAAAAAAGCUCUCUAAGGUAUGCAAUGACUGACAUGAUGAGGAAAACUGAUGAUGCACUACCCAAUUUCGAAAUUGCACCUUGUGCAUUCUACUAUUACAACUUUCAAGAAUAAGUUGAAAGCUGGACUGAGUUCCUUUUUGGGGGGGGACCCCUGCGCCCCCCCUGCCGACCCCUCGCUUCCCCCCUAGGGGGAGCGCCCCACAGUUUGGGAACCACUGUGCUAAAUGACCAAAAUGUUAAAUGUUAAUGACGGUCUCUCUCUCUCUCCCUCUCUCUCUCUCUCUCUCUCUCUCUCUCCUCCCCCUCAGAUCCUCUGACUGUGGGGCUCGGGGUCGGGCCCAGGGUGAGCCGCCACCAUUGCUUCCAACGAGUGGAGUGCCAACGGUAGCCCGGGGGAUGGGCUGGACGAGGGCAGCGAUGAGCUGGACAAGGCCAUGGACGGGGACGCCGAGGGGGUGUGGAGCCCAGACAUAGAGCAGAGCUUCCAGGAGGCCCUGGCCAUCUACCCCCCCUGUGGACGGAGGAAAAUCAUCCUCUCAGACGAAGGCAAGAUGUACGGUGAGUAAAACACGAGCACGUAGUCACACACGCACACACACAUACAGUUGAAGUCGGAGGUUUACAUUCGUUUUUCAACCACUCCACAAAUUUCUUGUUAACAAACUAUAGUGUUGGCAAGUCAGUUAGGACAUCUACUUUGUGCAUGACACAAGUAAUUUUUCCAACAAUUGUUUACAGACAGAUUAUUUCACUUAUAAUUCACUGUAUCACAAUUCCAGUGGGUCAGAAGUUUACAUACACUAAGUUGACUGUGCCUUUAAACAGCUUGGUGAUAGGCUAAUUUACAUCAUUUGAGUCAACUGGAUGUGUGCCUGUGGAUGUAUUUCAAGGCCUACCUUCAAACUCAGUGCCUCUUUGCUUGACAUCAUGGGAAAAUCAAAAGAAAUCAGCCAAGACCUCAGAAUAUAAAUUGUAGACCUCCACAAGUCUGGUUCAUCCUUGGGAGCAAUUUCCAAACGCCUGAAGGUACCACGUUAAUCUGUACAAACAAUAGUACGCAAGGAUAAACACAUACCGCUGAGUAAGGAGACGCAUUCUGUCACCUAGAGAUGCACAUACUUUGGUGCAAAAAAGUGCAAAUCAAUCCCAGAACAACAGCAAAGGACCUUGUGAAGAUGCUGGAGGAAACAGGUUCAAAAGUAUCUAUAUCCACAGUAAAACAAGUCCUAUAUCGACAUAACCUGAAAGGCUGCUCAGCAAGGAAGAAGCCACUGCUCUAAAACCGCCAUAAAAAAGUCAGAGUACGGUUUGCAACUGCACAUGGGGACAAAAAUUGUACUUUUUGGAGAAAUGUCCCCUAUAACUGUAUGGCCAUAAUGACCAUCGUUAUGUUUGGAGGAAAAAGGGGUACGCUUGCAAGCCGAAGAACACCAUCCCAACCAUGAAGCAAGGGGGUGGCAGCAUCAUGCUGUGGGGGUGCUUUGCUGCAGGAGGGACUGGUGCACUAAAUAGAUGGCAUCAUGAGGAAAGAAAAUGAUGUGCAUAUAUUGAAGCAACAUCUCAAGACAUCAGUCAGGAAGUUAAAGCUUGGUCGCAAAUGGGUCUUCCAAAUAGCAAAAUGACUUAAGGACAACAAAGUCAAGGUAUUGGAGGGGCCAUCACAAAGCCCUGACCUCAAUCCUAUAGAAAUCUUGUGGGCAGAACUGAAAAAGUGUGUGCGAGCAAGGAGGCCUACAAACCUGACUCAGUUACACCAGCUCUGUCAGGAGGAAUGGGCCAAAAUUCACCCAACUUAUUGUGGGAAGCUUGUGGAAGGCUACCCAAAACGUUGGACACAAGUUAAACAAUUUAAAGGCAAUGCUACCAAAUACUAAUUGAGUGUAUGUAAACUUCUGACCUACUGGGAAUGUGAUGAAAGAAAGAAAAGCUGAAAUAAAUCAUUCUAUCUACUAUUAUUCUGACAUUUCACAUUCUUAAAAUAAAGUGGUGAUCCUAACUGACCUAAGACAGGGAAUUUUUACUAGGAUUAAAUGUCAGGAAUUGUGAAAAACGUAGUUUAAAUGUAUUUGGCUAAGGUGUAUGUAAACUUCUGACUUCAACUGUACACACACAGAGAAACAAAAAUCAAACUCAGUCCAUGUGUUAAUCUGCCCUGCAUCACUUUCUGGCUCAUUCAUUAAAACACCUGUGGCUCAGUGUGUUUGGAUCCCAUUCCCUUCUGGAGUGAGGGAGGGAAAACACCUCAGUAGUUUGUAGUAUAUAGAAAUAAACAUGUUUCUUUGAUGUUCAUUAUUAUGAUUUUUUCUCAUCAUUCUGAUCACCACAGAAGGCUAUCAUGGUAAGUCUCUGGCUGUCCUUGCUCAAUGCAUUAAGCAAAUAAAGUUUCCUACCCUCCCAUUCGAUUUUGUCACAGGCUAUGUAGCCAAUUUUUUCUGAGAGUGCUCUACAGAACAAGUUUAAGCCUGUCGUCCACUGACCCAGGGGCUGGUUCUUCCAGUCUCACUAGAACACAGCAGCAGAGCUGGAGCUGAGCUACCCAGAAGACACCACAGGCAGCUCCCUUCAGCCUGGUUUUCACCUGGCUUUCCUUAGAGCUCCAAACUGGUUCUUUCAUCACAUGUCUGUGCUGUCUCCAACUAUUUGCCACCUGUCAUUUAUUGCUCUUCUCUUCCUCAUCUGCAGUACUUAGGCCUACUGUGAAUUAGGAAAGUGGCAAAACCUGCUCUCUGCUUAUGGAGCAAAACCAAGGGUCGUUCAUUAGACUCAUGUCAGUCUAACGCACUAAGAUGCUUCUUGCAAUGAGUAGUUAUACACUGUCGCUCACCUGGUCUCGAGAGUAGCUUUUGUUGCUUCUUGAACCAGUUGGACAACUUUGCAAUGAUUAUAUCAACGCCAUAAAUCAAACCAUGGAAACAAAAACACUUCACAAGGUCCUUUAGGGGUCUUAGCUAUUUCCUCCACCAGCAUGUUCAUUAAAUCACAGGUGGAGAGAGCAAUUUAUGUGCUGAAUUCCUCUGCAUCCAGAUGGAGGAAUUGGCAAGUUGCUGGUUAGAAUCGUGAAACAUCCAGGUGUUAGAAACUGGCUGCAUUUGUCUUAAGUUAUUUUGAUCUCCCACUCUCUCUCCCUCUGAUGGGUGAGAAAAAAGGGCCUUGACAGGCUGGGCUGCUGGUUUGAAUUAGACAGCCAAUUUAAAUGUGAAUCGUCAGGAAAUGCAUGGGGCACGGGCUGAGAUGGGGGCUUAUUCAGGGAGUUUGACUUCACAAUCUCCUCACGAAACCUCUUUUGGUUUGGGGAACAAUGUUAUGUUCACCAGCAUGAUACAGGCUGAGUGUCCUCCUCAAGUCCUGUUGUGCAACGAAUUUCAAGUCCUUUAAUUAUUGUUAAUGUCUCAUAAGGUUUAAUUGAAGCCUGCACCGUCAAAACCUUAUUAAAUCCACCAUCGACUUCUAUCAGAAAGUAUUUCAAGACUGUAUAUAUUUAGGGGAUUUCUUUUCAUGACUGUCUGUGUUGUUUUUCUGUCCUUGCUGCUGUAAAAUGGAAUGUUUAGCAUGCGUCUGUAGUGGAUAGACACGCACAUACCUCAGAUGACUCAGCUGCUAGCUGCCGCUGUGCUAGCUACCGCUGUGCUAGCUGCGUUUCUGGGCUGUUUCAGAGAACAUAGAGAACAUACCGGUAUCAUAGGCUGAGCUGGCUGGGGUCUAAACAAGGCCAGAGCUCUGAUUAGCUCGCCCCUCCUGGCGGGAUGUGGUGUUGAGUCUGCCACCGGUUACAGUCAUUUUAACUAUAUCUGACUUGACUGGAUGGCUAGCUAGCUUAUGAGCGUAUUCAGUGACCUGGCUAUAUGUCAGAGGGACCUGCUGCUAAAUGCUAUUUCGUAUUUGGCUUACUUGGUGAUAGAGGUACUUAGAAUGAGAAUGUACCAGUUUAGCACCACUUCAAUGUGUCUGUGAAAUUGUUUAUGUAUUGCCUAUUAGCGACAAUGCAUUUAUAGCAGUGCAGAACUGCACAGUUUGCUCUGACAACAUUGCCAUGGGUUGACCUCUGUCUGUCUAUUGACCUUCCCUUUGAGUCUAUUGAAGAAGAGACUUUAAUGGGAAGCAAGAUGGCGGCUCCUCUCCUGGUUUGGCAGGACAGUGAGUGUUCAGAGCCUAUAGCUCAAUAUUGUUUGUCAGAAAACGAGCACACAGAAGUGGCAGGUCAACCCCACAGUGUGUUCCCUCCCUUCGCACCACACUGUCAGGACCCCCAGUAGAGGUCAAGAAGAGCGCCUGCUUUUUUCCAGCGCAGUAAACACCCUAUCCAGUCAUCUGAGGCCCUUCUGGCAGCGCCGAGGCAUGCCCCCAUCCCAGAAGAAGCCUUCUUACAAGGCAAUGACCUCAGACAUCUAAAUGCUGCCCUGACGUGAGGCUGGGGGAAUUUUAACGAUUUCACUGCGUGUAAUGCUUUCUACUUCACAGUCUCAGACUGGGGGAGCGAUGCUAGCCUAACACCAUGGCCUCCAAAACCAGGCAAGUCAUCAUUAUCCCUACCGUUGGGAAUUAUAUCUGGAUUUUUCCACAAGGAAUGUUCUUGUGGGAAACCUUUGCAAAUUUCCACUGGUAUUCCAUGAUGACUAUUAACCACGAGUAUCAUGUGGCGCUCAGAAUUGACCAGGUUUCCCCGAUGGUCAUAAUGUCAGAUGCCCUUGAGAUGGAAAAUAGAAUGUGGAAUCAAAACUCAAUAAGUAGAACACCCCCAAAAUGGUAGGAACAUAGAUGCCAGGCUAUGGUUCAUGCCUCUGUGUCUAUUGGGAUAACUGAGCACCCAGCAGGUUUAAGGGGACAGGUGAAAGCGAGGGAUCUUUGCUGGAUGAGUGUGUGUCAAAAAAUGUGGCCUGUCUUGUUUUGUGGUGGGGCACUGCUGACAUAUUGUUCACCUGUGUUGUUGCUGAAAGAAGGCAUGUUGUCAAGCCCUGAGCACACCUCCGGCUCCUACGCCGCGCCGAGCCCUGCAGCUGUCACAGCUGCAAUGCACUCUGGGUAAGAAGGAAAAAACAGCAAAUGGGGCGUUGGAGGGAAGCACAUGUCUCUUAGUGACCUUUGUGAGCUGCCAGGAAUGAGCGAUGGGUUCAUUGCACACGCAGAGUUAGUAGAAGGACAAAGUAAUAUAAGGUGCAGUGGGUGGAUGAGUAUUCUAUACUGUGCAUCAGUUUGAUAGAUGGGAGAGGAGAGCAGCGUGUGAUGACUGAGAGGGCCUGGUGUUUCCCUGUUAGCCUCUAGCUGAGAUGUCAGGCAUGUUCUCUGUCAUGGCCGAACAGUAUGUUAGCAAUUUAGCAUUACCUCAAUGUGAAAGGUGGGAGAGAGUGAUGGAGCGAGAGAGGGAGCGAGAUAGAUAGAGACAGAGGGAGUGAGGGCGAGAGAGUGUAGCAGUGAGUUACCUCCGCUCCCCAUCUCAGUGUGGAAGUGGAAAAUUCCAGUAGACAGGCAGUAAAAGAAAAGGAUAGGUGUGUCCUGGCAGGGAAGAGGUUAAGCAUGGCAAAGUCAGCCUACGGGGCUCUGCAAACUGUGGGUGUUGAGCAAUCUGAGACAGCGACGGAGAGAGAGCGAGGUGGUGGUAAACAGGGUGAGGUAGAGUGGGGGGAGAUGGAGAUAGAGAUAGGAAGGACAGAGAGGAAGAUGUACAAAAAGUCCAUCCUCUGCAGUGUGUGUUUGUGUGUAUGUGUGUGUGCACCAGUUGUGUUUUUCGGCGGUGUGUGUGCCAACCUGUUCACCACCUGACUUGGGGCCUAGGAGGCCCCUUCUCUUCCGCCUAGCUGACCCCUCUGUCUAGUCUGAACAGGCCUUGCCAGCCUGCCUCUCAAACCCAAUAUUCUACUUUGCAAUAUUCAUGUCAGACCAGGCAAAAGACAAGCUUAUUCCAUGGCUUGCAACCCAAGUUAGUUACAACAUUUAAUGAAGACACACAGAACACAACAUUUCUUACAACUGCCUCUGUAAAUUAAGCUCAAGUCCAGUUAUGUUUGUGCUGACAAUCUGUAUUCAGUACGGAUGGCACAGAUUUUAGAAGCCAAUACAUUGCUGACCACACCGGCCGCAUUGCGCAAGCGUUGCAAAAUAAAUGUACACAUGCAUGUUAUUCAAUAAUUUCAUCCAAACUGCUCGUGCGCGUCUGUGUAGCCAGGUGCUAAAAUAGAACUUGGUUCUAUUUUAGACGCUUGACGUGCUGCAAGUCCUCCCAUUUCCUCAUUGGUUUUUAUGAGCAUAUAGCCACAUGGGUGAUUAAAAGAUGAACGAGUUCCACACCUUAAAGUUGGUUGCCAACCGCCAUAAAAAAUCAGCCACCAAAAAAUGUCAUGCAUUUCAUGUAAAACAACAACCCAAUGUUUAUCUACCAGGACAAAUUAACUAGCAACAGUCGUGUGUGUUUUGACCUGUCCCCAAAUAAUAUAGUUGGUUCACAGUUGGUUUUGGUACUUUAACCUGUAUGGCGCACGUAGAAGCACGCACGGAGCCGGUUUGGUCAGCAUGUUAGUUUGUUAGUUAGUUCCACUGCUCCCUCAGUCCAGGAGAUUGAGAGUAGCAGUUGGGCUGAGGAGGGUAGGGGUCAGUGGGCCAGGCCAGGGGGGUAGGGGGAUUAUAAUUAUUCUCUCCCACCUCCUGACUGCGACGGUCAGUGGCAGGUGUUACUGUCCGUUGGGUAAAGGGUCACACACAUGGGUUGUUUUGGGAAGUGAGGGGUGUGUGUGUGUGUGGUUGGGGGCAGCCCUGAUGCCAGGUGGCAGUUUUUGGCAAAGACAGUUAUGGCUUUGUGUCUCCUUCAAGAGUUACAGCCUCAGCUGCCCCCCCCCAUACCUCCCAUUCCAAUACACCCCCCCCGUCCCCGUCCCCAGCCCCUCACCCCACCCUCUCCCACAGCCCUGCCAACCAACCCUUGGACGUGAAGCCCAUUAGCUUAGCGCUGUGCGCAUGUGUGUGUCCGCAGUCCGCACAGGCACUGGCUGCGCUCGCAGGGCCCUGGCCAAUCAGACUGGCUAGCACAGAUGUGACAGGCUGGGAGGAAUGCUAGGAAUGCGGAGGCGCUGGGGCAGGCGUGUCUCUCCUUAGCCGGGGGGAGAGGCGGAGGGCUGACCGGCUGGAUAUCUGACUGGCUGCUGCAGUUCAGUAUCGGCAGGCCAGGCAGCUCAGUGGCGAGAGAGAGGAAGAGAGAGAGAGUCCUGCUCAACUAAGCUCAGCUCAUUGGAGAGAGAGAGAGAGAGAGAGAGAGCGAGAGGAGGGAGGGAGGCCUGCUCAGCUCAUGAGAGAGAGAGAGAGAGAGAGAGAGAGAGAGAGAGAGGCCUGCUCAGCUAAGCUCAGCUCAUUGGAGGGAGCGACAGAGCGAGAGAGAGAGGAGGGAGAGGGAAUAAUUACACCAAGCAGAGCAGAGCCUAAACGAGGCCAAGGGCCAAGGAGUGUGUGAAAAAGGCACAAUGUUAGCUUUUCUCCUGUCGUUAUGUCUGCGGUGCUGUCUGAAGUCGGUUGGCCUGGCCUGUAACAGGGCUUUUUUCACCCUGGGUUUGUGAUAAUGUGAAGCUUUAGCUGUCCUUUGUUCAUAACCUGGACUGAGUGUGUAUGUGUGUGUGUUUUAGAGAGAGGAGUAAUGAGCUCAUGGCUGGCUCUCAGUUACUCUCAAUGAGUGUGAGGGAGUUUAGGUCAUUAUUCAUGAUGGUACAGCUGUUGUCUCUCUUUCUCUCUCUCUUUCUUCCUCGAUUUAUCUCUCUCCUUCUUUCACAUACACACACUUACACUCUGAUACACACCGACCCUCUUUGGGGAACUUCCAAUAAUUUCUCUUACCAAUCAGCAAAUGUCAAAAUGAAAUGCAGACUUCCCUACCUAGGACAAAGAUACACAAAUUGUACCAGGCAAAUCUAACAAAUAUGACCGGACAAUGCUGGAAAAUACUAAUUGCUUAGAGCAUUGACAGAUUCCAUUGUUCUGUUGCUCUCUCAUUUGAAAAACAUCCAGAUAAGUUGCAUUCAAAUAAAAGUAACCCAUUUGAAGCCCCUGUCAACUGUCUGGACUAAAGCCAUUAAAGCCAAGAAUAGAAGGCACUUCUCUGCCGACCUGUUUGUGCAGAAUGUUGAGUGUAGAUGUUACAUAAUGAAACACGUGUUUGUUCUCUUUUUGUGUGUCUGUAAUUAUGUGACCGCAAGAGCUAAAAGUCAGGAGGUGUCAAACAAGCUAAUGAAAUGAAAAAAAGUUGUUGAACCAGUCAGUUGUAGUAUAUGCCCCUUUUUUUUUUAAAAUUGCUAGUCGUGUCCCAGUGUCAGUGGUAUAUAGGAAUGUUCACCCACUGACUGAAAGGUUGGGUAAUAAGUGUGUUCCUAAGAAGAACCUUUUGGGGAAGACGAUGGUGUGCUGCGAUUUUGUUCAGCCCCUGUAGAUAUUUAACAGCAUAUCUUUAGCUCCACCUUGUGUUUGUUGUGUAGAAUCAUGUGUAGAAUCAUGGGCAACUUUUAUCCGGAGCCAUGAUUAAAGUUGCCCAUAGACACAGAUCUAGGAUCAGUCUUUUCUUUCCAAAUCUGAACAACCUAGGGUGGAAAAUGCUUAGCUGAUCAUAGAUCAGUGCCAGCUAUAGAAAAGCCAAUGUUUCACAAAUGAUUGCCUAAAUGUGUGAAUCAGAUUUGUCUUUCUUUCCAUGCUGUAUUUGUCAUGGUAUUCUUCACCUCCCUGUUCCAGGUCGCAAUGAGUUGAUAGCCAGGUACAUCAAGCUGAGGACAGGCAAAACCCGCACAAGAAAACAGGUAUCAAUACUUGCUUUUUAUUUUAGAGCAAAAUAUAUGAUAAAACAAUUAACCACCCAGACUCAAACAUUUAUAAUUACUUCAUUUUGCCUUAAUUGUCAGUUAACACCAUCCAACUCAAAUCAAAGAUAAAAAUAAAAAGUAGCUUGUGAAUUGCCUUAAUUUGAUGUUUGAGUAUCUGUAUAAUAUUGUGUGUGUGUGUGUGUGUGUGUGCGGGUGGGCAUCCGUGUGUGUGCGUGCUCUAUGAUGCUUAAAACUAUCCCGCACCCCUUUAGGUAUCUAGUCACAUACAGGUGUUAGCACGGAAGAAAGUUCGAGAAUACCAAGCGGGUAUCAAGGUAGGUGCUACCGAACGGGCCUCCAGCCAACUGUGACUGGGCAUCUCUUUCCUCUUUGGUUAUGGCUUCUCUUCUCUUCUCUUCUCUCUGUCUCCUUUUCUCUUCCCCUCUUGGCUCUUCUCCUCUGCAGGUUUCUAGCCAUUUGCAAGUUCUCGCCCGGAGAAAAUCUCGCGAGAUCCAGUCAAAGCUGAAGGUAUGCGCUUCUCUGCGGGCUGGGCAGGGCGGG